UGUUUAUUGAAGGAGCGCUGGCGUCUCUGGGCUGUCGCGAACAGGCCCCCAAUGCGGAGGAAGGGCGGUUACGCCGAGAAACGCGCACGCACAGGACUACAUGUCCCGGCAGGCCUCGGGAGCAGGGGCCCAGUGCCUUGUGGGGGUUUUAGUUCUCUGAACCCAGAAGCGGCGGCGCUUGGCUGGCGAAAGACUCGGUUUCCCAGAGGACCGAGCGCGGCGUCCCGGCAGGCGGCGCGACCAAGAUGGAGGCGGCCAAGCCACGCACUCACCCCAGCUGAGCGGCCAAAAGGGGCUGUGUGGGGACGACCGCGCCUGUGCCGUGAGGACCUGCCUCGGGGCUCCACCUGCCUGGCCACCCACCCAGCCAGUGCGCCAGUGUCCGCCACAGGCACCAGGGAAGAAGGGAGGUGUGGUGUUGGCCCUCCGGACAGAUGGCUCAGGCAGGAGUGGGUGAGGCCGAAGGCGAGGCGGAGCGGGGGACAGAGUCGGACACCCUGCCUUCUGACAUGGUCUCCCUCAGCGACUCUGACACAGACCUCAGUCUGCCUGGCAGUGCUGAGGUGGAAGCACUGUCCCCAGAGGGCCUGCGCGGCGAGGCUGAGGGGGAUUCAGGCCCCGAUGAGCCCCCCUCACCCCCGGCGGGCCUGCCUGGAGCCACUGUCCAGCCCUUCCACCUGAAAGGCAUGAGCUCCACCUUCUCCAAGCGUAGCCACGACAUCUUCGACUGCCUGGAGGGGGUGGCCCACACCAGCAGGGGUGACAGUGGGGGCUUCAAGCAGCCCCUGUCACCCCCAGACCAGUCUCCGAUGGAGGGCCCGGGCAGGGCUAUUUGGAGCCCUGUCCCUCCAAGGGUGCCCUCCGUCCCUGACUAUGUGACCCACCCUGAGCGUUGGACCAAGUACAGCCUGGAGGAUGUGGCUGAGGGCAGCGAGCAGAGCAACCGGGCUGCAGCCCUGGCCUUCCUGGGCUCCCGGAGCCCGGCUGCGUCCCCUGACUACGCACCCUCCUUCAACCAGGAUCCCUCCAGCCACGGGGAGGGAAGGAUCCUCUUCUCCAAGCCAGCCCGAGCCAGCGAGGCCAGGCCCGGGAGGAACCGAGUCCUGAGGAAGGCAGGAGUGCCAGGUGCAGCCGAGGACACCGUGAAGCUGGCCCACCUGGCCGCGAGCCCAGAGACUGAGGAGAGCGGCCCCCGGGGGGGACUGCAGGAGGUGGGGAGGCCUGGGGGGCCUUCCAGUGGGGGCCCCGCGCCAGUGGAGACUGUCGGCUUCCGUGGCAGCAGGAAGCGGAGCAGAGACCACUUCCGGAGCAAAGACGGCAGCCCCGAGGGCCCAGGAGGCGAGGCCUGAGGUGGAACUGCCGUCCCGGGCCUGGCCGCCUGAGCCGCAGGCCGCACAGGGGCAGACCGGGCAGUGCCCAGCCCGGGGCAGCCAGCCAGGCCCGACCCCGAGGCCAACCCACCCGGUGGCUGGUCUUUGGAAGGAAGACGCUGCCUGGGGCAGCUCCCUGGGUCCAGGUGGAGGAGAGGCGGCACAGACAGCCCCUGGGAAGGAAGCCUGGUGGGCACGGCCUGCAGGUGGGCCCUGGUGUCGAGGCCCCCUGCCUGGGAAGCCCUGCUGUGACUGCCCUGUGGGGGACAGUAAAGGUUUUGGGUGUUCA